AUGUCAGCUGGCCCCGAGCGGCGGCCGCGCGACGACGGGGAUGGGGCCGAGAACGCCGCGCGACCGUCGGCACGUCUCUCGUGCUCCGACAGCGGCGCCGGCCCUGGCUCGCGCGCCCCUUCGCCCGACAGCUCUGCCGCCGCCGCGCCCCUGGGGCCCUGUCCUGCGGCGCCCCCGCCGCUGGCCCAGCUUCCACCAAGCCUGUGGCUGGAACUCGGGCCUGCCUGCAUGAGGACGCAGCAAUGUCCCAGCGAGUCGAGCGGGCGGGCGAGCGGCGACUUAGGCACUAGCAGCAGCAGCGGCGGCAGCAGCGCCGGGCUGUCCCCGGGCUCCGACUCGGACAGCAGCGGCGUGGUGUGCGGCGGCCGCGGAGGCAGCGGGGGCAUGCGUGGCGCCCUGUCCCGCUACUGGAGCCUGGAGAGCCUGCACUUGGCUACCGCCGGAAUUUAUGCAUUUUAUCUAGGCUUUCAGAUUCAGAAUUGAAUGAAAAACUAAAGCUACAACCAUACCUAGCGGGAAAAGUAUCAACCUUAAAAUGCAUCAGCUAGAAAAGAAGAGAGACUGAGUUUUAGUUCGGGAAGGACAAAACCAAAGAAGAUGCUCAGGUAUAAAGGAAAAAAUUAAUAAAUUUAAUAACAUUAAAAUAUAAAACUGUGCUUCAAAAGACCUUUUAAACAAUAUAAAAAGGCAAGUCACAGACUAAGAAAGAUAUUUGCUGUAUCUUAUAAAUGGCAAAGAGUUAGUGUAACGAAUAUGGAAGGAACGUCUAAAAAUGGAUAAGACAGAGACAACUCAUAAUAAAAAUGAGCAAAUGAUAUGUAUAGGUAUUUCUUAGGAGAGGAACUUAAUUGUCAAUAAAUAUAUGAACAAAUUCUCAACUUCACUGACAAAAGAAUCAACAUGAGAAACAUUCAUACCCUUCAAAUUGACAAACAUUUUAAAUGUGAACACCAAGUACUGGUAAGGAUAUGCAGGGAUAAGAAUUCUUACACAUUGCUGAUGGGAGUGUAAAUUUAUACAGGCACUUUAGAGAGUACUUUGGCAAUAUU